UGCAAAAUUAUAAAAAUCCUCUCAUUUCAUUUUUUCAGACGAGUGGGUAGAUGCGUUGAUGGAAGAAGCGUGCAACCCAAGCAGAACAGAAAAAUUACCCUGUGAAGACUUGGUUCUUAUGGAAAAAUACAUCAAAGAAAUUUCUCCAUCGUACGUCUAUACUCGCCAAAUAUCAAUUAAGGAACCUUUCACUGAGAAAGUUCGUAAAGCCAUGACAGAAAAUGUUAAAAAGUCAGUACACGCAAACUUCUUGGAUCAACACGUUCAAGUUGGUGGAAAAAAUGGAAAAUUCGCUAACGGGGAUAGAAAAAUUUUUAACUUUGCAAGAAGUGAAGUAUUUAAAAAUGCAUCGGCUCAAAAGCCUGCAAGACUGAAUGAACCUUUCGCUUCAUACAUCAAAUCCAUUGGUCAAAUUGCAUGUGGUAGAGUUCGAGGGACAUGUUUCCUUGUGGCGGACGCGCUGGUGAUAACGAACUAUCAUGUUUACAGGAUGAUUAAAGAUGAAAGAAAUGAGCUUCGAGAUCCCAACUUGCCCAUCACUCUUUUGUUUGGUUAUUUGCGCCCUGGACAAAGAGAAGAUGGUUUCACUGUAGAAGUUGAUGAAGAACGGGACACCACGCUUGAGAAUCCAUUCUUGGAUUAUAAAUUAUUUCACUUAAAACAAAACGAAGAUCAUACCCAUCGUGUUCCACUUGGCCCAAUGGUAAGAAAUUGGCAAUUAUCAGAUGGUCGAGUCAUCAUCCUUGGGCAUCCGGAAGGGAAAGAAAUGCAGGAGGAAGUCUGUGUUGUCGUCGGCUAUCGCAAGAUGCAGGAAAGAAUAAGAGAAAGACAUGAACAGUUUAAUGGCGUACAUAUGACAAAUGCACAGUUACUGCAUGGUGAAAAUGUUGCAGAAACUCUUUUUCCAAAUUAUAAACUGAAACCAGGCGAAACACCAAUGGAUGCAAUCUAGUUGUACUUUCAAAAGUUGUUGAGACACUUGCGGUUUUAGAAUAUCAGUGGAUAUAUGCAAAUUAUUACAAACGUUUAUAUCU